AUGGUAGAGAGGAGAGAACGAGAGAACGAACAAUUAUAUAGAACGUGGCUUGAGCAACAAAGAAGAAGACAAAUGGGUCCAGAUGAUGAUGGAUCAGACUACAUAGGUGACUUUAAGGAAGAAACAGUGAGGAGAAGUUUUAUUAGAAAAGUUUUUUGUCUAUUAACACUUCAGUUAUUAUUUACAACUGCUGUUAUAGCAUUUUUUUUGUUUGUGGUAUGUUUUACCAUUUCCUAUUGUGCUAUAUCAUUUUCUGAAUCAGCUAGACGUAAGCCACCGUUUAAUUACAUAUGGCUAUGCAAACUGACACUUGCUAUGUCAUACUUAGCUGCUUUUGCAUCUGUCUUUUAUGAGGUUGAAAUUAUUUUGAUGGCAUUAGGUAUGACAACAGUAAUGACAUUAGGGAUAGGUCUUAUUGCAACAUUUUCAAAGUUUGAUUUAACAAUGAGAACAGGACUCCUGAUGAUUGUUGGACUGGCUUCUAUUGUUGCUAUUGUUGUAUUGACAAUAGUAUCACUAUUUACAGUUAUGACAAUAUUACAUAUAGUGAUUUCAGUUAUAGGAAUGUUCUUACUGUCAAUGUAUUUGUACUUUGAUGUGCAAACAAUUAUGGGUGGAAGGAGAAUAGAAUUGCAUCCUGAUGAAGUUGUAUUUGCAACAACACAAAUUUAUGUUGAUGUUGUACUGUUAUAUAAAUAUGUGUUAAUGUUUUUGGGCCUUCUUCAUCAUCAAUAA